GUGUUCACUACGUUUCUGAGACACUAGAAUGUCGCUUCUGGGUUAUGUGGUUCUGCUGUUAUUUUGGAUAUAUUGUGCUGCAGAAAGAGCCUGUGAAGAACCUCCUCCUAGGAGAGUUAAAGAGCUACCGACGGAAACAUGGGACAAACCUCCCUAUUCCCACGGCACUCAAGUGACAUACAAGUGUCGGCCUGGGUAUAUAAAGGUUGGACGGAUUGUGUUAGAGUGCAUUGAUGGAGCUUGGGAACAACCCUUCCAGUGGACAGAAUGCAGACCUAAGCCCUGUGGACAUCCUGGAGAUAUUCAGUUUGGUUCAUUUGAACUCACCAAUGGAAAUGAGUUUGUAUUUGGUGCCCGUGUUGAGUACAGAUGUGAUGAGGGAUACCAGAUGCUCAGCCUAAAAAACUACCGUGAGUGUCAGGCAGAUGGAUGGAGCAACGAUGUCCCUCACUGUGAAGUGGCAAAGUGUUUACCAGUACAAGCACCAGCAAAUGGACGAAUAAUUGUGACCGGUGUGUUUGAGUUAGACCAAGAAUUUUCCUUUGGCCAGGUUGUAAAGUUUGAAUGUAAUGAAAAUUAUAAGCUUGUUGGAUCUAAAGAAGUACACUGUUCCUCAAAUGGAAAAUGGAGUAGCGAUGUACCUCAGUGCCAAGAAACUACCUGUGAUAGGCCAGAAAUUCAGCAUGGAUAUGUGGAAUCUGUAAAGGCAUCCUACAAAAAGUCUGAACGACUGCGCUAUUCCUGUAAUAAAGGAUACAGACAUGGUGAUAGACCAGAAGCAGAAUGUACCGAAUUCGGAUGGACUCCAACCCCCUAUUGCACUGAAAUUCUAUGUCCUCCUCCAAGAAUUCCCAAUGGGAACUUUAGCCCUCGAGAAGCUGUAUACAGAGAAGGAGAUGAGAUCACCAUACUCUGUAAUUCUGGAUAUCAUUUAAAAGCGGUCACGGGCCAAAACACAGCUCAAUGCACCAAGGCUGGCUGGGUGCCUGUUCCAGAAUGUGUUACAAAACCGUGUGACUACCCAGUUAUAGAAAACGGUGAAGUAAGCGAAGCCCUACGGCUAAACGCACACAUAUAUUUUCCCAUGGGGAUUGGGCAGCAAGUUGAUUACCACUGUCAUGAUGGUUACUCAACCCCAAGUGGAGAAACCUGGGUUCGAAUCAGAUGUUCUGCCUGGGGCUGGCGGCCAGAGCCAGAAUGCCACAAAAUAUGUCGUGUGACACAGUUGGAAAAUGGCGCUUUCCUAUCUAGACGGAAGUAUGUUUAUAAAGAAAACGAAAGAACUAAAUAUUCCUGCGAUGCUGACUAUGCCCCAGAAAAUAAACAUGGUCAAGUUACAUGCACAAAGAAUGACUGGUCACCUCCUCCAAGAUGUAUCCGCAAGAGUGAGUACCCGAGACACACCUGUCAGAGAAUGAUUUGGACUGCCACAGAGCAUUUGAUAGAGUCAUGGGCAAGCAAAAUAAAGCUUUAUUGUUUACCAUGUUACAUCAUAGCAGACAUCCCUGAUAUGAAUGCCAAUUCAAAAUCACAUCAUAUGGUUCAGCAGGUCAGCAGUGUUUAUCUGGAGGAAUUCCGUCUUUUUGCUUUAGAUACGUGCCGGCUUUUGGAGUUUGACAAUGGUUAUUUCACCGUGAGAAAGGCAACGUAUCAAUUACAGGAGAAGGUAGCCUAUAGGUGUCGUGAUAACUACGUGACUGCAGAAAGGCAAGGAGCAGGACUGACAGUGUGUCAGGAGAAUGGCUGGACACCUCCUCCCAAGUGCAUCAGGCCCUGUAAAACACCUCUAUAUGAGAAUUUAAAUUACCACAGAAAUAGACGUGUGUUUCUUCCUGGAGAUACGCUUGAGUACACAUGUGCAGAUGGAUAUCAGACUGCAAAUAACAUGACAGCUGGUGCCACAAGAUGUAACAUAGAUGGUGAAUGGAUUCCAGAGCCCCAGUGUCUUGCAAUAAAAUGUGAAAUGCCAAUACUACCCAAUGGAGAUGUUUACCCCCAGACAGAUAUAUAUCAGAAUGGAGCUGUUGUAGAAUUUUCUUGUAGAGCAGAUCACGUCAGAGUGGGACCUUUUUCUGCUCAGUGCUAUUACUUUGGAUGGUUUCCAUCACCGCCAGUAUGUAAAGUGCACCCCAAAGGCUGUUCACCUCCACCUGAGAUUGUCAAUGGAAGUAUCCUCGGUGACUCUGAGGAACAGUAUCGUCAUGGGGACAUAACAGAAUACGAAUGCAACGAGAACUUUAAAAUGGUUGGAUCAAAGGAAAUCGAAUGUGUUGAUGGACAAUGGUCAUCUCGUCCCUCUUGCAUUGAAGAUAAAACACCAUGUGGAUCACCUCCCUCUGGUCCCAAUGUGAUUCUCUAUCCGCAAAAAGGAGCCCAGUUUUCUCAUGAUGCUGAAGUAAUUUAUAAAUGUAAACAAGGCACAGAAAGUUAUGGGCAGAAGAAAAUAAAAUGUCUUAACGGGGAAUGGAAACCUUUACCUUUUUGUGGAGAUCCAUCUCAGAAAUGUGCAUAUCCAUUGGAUAUUCAGAUAGUGAAAGCUGAAGAUGUUCCCUGGCCAAAUAAGGAGACUGAAGUCCACGAAGUUAUACAGUAUACAUGCAAACCAAAUGGCAAUAAGAUUAAAAAAGCCACUUGUAUAUUUGGAAAAUGGUCACCUGAGAUCGAAUGCUUUGCUGGGAAGCUGUGCCCACCUCCACCUCAACUGCCUGGUGCUCAGCAGAUACCAGUUGAAAGAAAUUACAAAAAUGGGAGUAAAGUAACGUUUUCAUGUCUGAAGAAUUUUCAGCUUGAUGGUGUGAAUGAAAUUACGUGUAUAAAUGGAAAAUGGCAAUCACCACCACGCUGUAUUGAAAGGCCAUGUUUGCCACCACAAUCUAUAGAAUGUGCUGAAGAUCCCACGCUGGAAAAUCCACGUUUAAGAGUGGAAAAAGAAGGGAAAAUAACUUAUCUGGCUGGUGCUAAAUUUAAGUAUGUUCCUCGUUCUGGAUUCAUAUUAGAUGGACAAUCAGAGAUAACUUGUUCUAUGGGAACCUGGACUUCCUCUCCUACAUGCACUGAAAUGUCAUGUGGAAGUUUCCCAACAGUUGACAAUGCCCAAAUUGAAGGAAGAAACAAGAAAACAUACGAGCCUGGUGAAACUAUUCGCUAUCAGUGUGAUGCUGGGUUCCGGACAGACGGCAAUCCAGAAAUUAUUUGCAGAGCAGGAAACUGGACAGCACCACCUUCCUGCGAAGAUGUUACCUGUAAAGACCUACCUAAAGUUCAUGGGGCUUCUAUUGCCAGCAGUCAAGCCAAGAGGUAUCUGCCUGGUGCCAGGGUGCAAUAUGAAUGUGAAACCAACUUCCAGAUUGUAGGUGUAAAUUAUAUCAUUUGUACAAAUGGCCAAUGGUCCCAACCACCAACUUGCAGAGCUCCUAAGCCGUGUCCCAGUCGGUGGCAGCGGGGGCUCCUUCCACUUCCCACACCUCUGUGGGGGCGCCCCCGGGUGGCUGCCCCGGGGCACUGCGGGGGGCGGAGGGAGAGAGCUCAGUAUCAGUGCUGGCAGGGUUUUCAGAUGACUGGGGAUUCCACUGUAGCCUGUGAGAACGGCACCUGGACGAAGAGGCCAAAAUGCACAGGGAGAAAUGAAAAAUGUGGCCCACCCCCAGCGAUUGAGAACGGAGACCUUCUUUCAUUCCCGCUGCAAGAGUAUGCAUCAGGUUCAACUGUGGAGUACAAGUGCCCAAGACUCUACGUCCUGGAAGGAUCUCCCGUUAUUAGAUGUGUUGGGGGGCAGUGGACAAAUCCCCCAGUUUGCUUAGUGGCUUGUACAGCAUCUGAAGAGGACAUGAACAGAAACAACAUUGAGCUGAGAUGGAUCGCAAGGAGCAAGCUGUAUGCAGAAUCUGGUGAUUUUAUCGAGUUUGAAUGUAAAACUGGAUAUGAGCGGGACCCAGCAUCUUCUCCAUUCAGAGUACAGUGUGUACAAGGGACGCUAGACUAUCCCCAUUGCAAGCCGGGAAGUAAGUCACCUGCAAGUCGGCCACUGCUUCUCUGUUGUUCUCCUGCAUUUUGCUCUGGGCUGCUGAGAAGAAAGUCCUUAGGAAGUGACACCAGGGAAAGAAUGGGAGAGGCCCAGGAGACAUGCACGGUGCGUGAGAGUGAUAUGGAGCAGAACAAUAUUCAGCUAGCACCAAGCCAGUUGCGGCAUUCUACCUUUCUUGCCGGGGAAUAUAUUUAUUUUGAAUGUAGAUGGUGGCAUGCAAAAACUUCAAGAGAUGAGGACUUUAAAGUCCAGUGCUUGGAUGGAGUUUUCAAGUACCCUAGAUGCCACU